AUGGCUGUGUUUUGUGCGCAAUGAAUUGUGGGAGAUAUGAACCGAGAGGUCCUGAGCAAGAAAUGAGCAAUAUAUGAGCAUCUAUUUCUAUGUACUGAGAAUGUCCACUGAUCUGUUUGACGGUGUAUACUCAGUUACUGCUCCCUUGUCGUAAGAACUCUGUUUCAAUGUCUAAACUGUUUCUAGCCUCUGCCGUCGAACUCUAUUGAACUAUCUCCGUCAUUUAAAGGCUUUGGCUUGGUUUGGUUUAACAGAGCAACCCCCCCACCUACCGGAGGAGUCGCGCGACAAUUUUGCAGAUUAAGCAAAACCUUGUCACAGGCAAUACCUGGAUAGAGAGCUCACACACCAGGACGCCAAGUCAGGCAUUUGUUACAGGUAACUUUAGCAAUGAGUGGUGCCAUGAAUUUAAAAAACUGCGGCUCUGUGCUUGUAACUCGGGCUGCAGAUAGUAGCAGAUAGUGGACAGCCUGGCGAGUAGAGGUUUCACACCGGACAAGAUUAUAGCCACGACCAGAAACCCCGCGAACACGCAGAAACUUCAGGAACUGGCAGAGACAAACAUCCUAACAUCCACAUCAUCACUUUGGGGAUCAAUGUGGUGGUCGACUUUCAUACCGUUACUGCCGAGAAGAUGAUGGGAAAACUUCCACACUAAUGCUGUGGCUCCUCUUAUGAUCACCAAGGCCUUCCUGCCUCUGUUGAAACAAGCUGCGUCUAAAGGAGGAGCAGGUACUGCAGGUAGCAUGGGCAUCCAGAGGGCAGCAGUCAUUAACAUGACCUCUCUGCUGGGCUCUGUGGAGCUCAACUGGGCGGAACGGGCCAACAACUUCAAAUGGUACCCCUACAGGACGUCCAAGAGUGCCCUAAACAUGCAGGCAGUCCUGCAAAAAUAAUAAGCGACGAGUCCGCAAGAUAAUGACAACAAUGAAAACCUUAUGAGAGGUAUGUACAGGCCACAUGGAGGUGGAUACUCAAGUUUUUACUGAUGGACUAUCAGCUGCUGGAGAGCUGAGAAUGCCGUUCUCAGACACGGUCAAGUACUCCAUCCUGGGAAUCUCGGUCACUCUUUUUGUUCUGGCGCUGGGCAUCUUGGCAUGGCAGGUCUUCAGAUUCUGCACACAGACACACACCACAUACACCCAGCAAGAUACUGUUAACAGGGAUCAGCUGUACUCAGAUGAAAAGUCAACUACAGCAAGAAACUACUCAGGAGCUCCAUGUACUAGGGUGGAGCAUGUCAGCACAGAGGUCCGCAGGCUGAGUCGCUGUCUGUCUCAGGCCUCAUUUCCCUCCUCAGAAUCCGACCAGGCAGACGGAGACAUGGUGGAGCAGGCCAACAUUAAAAAGGUCAAUGGAUCGCUGCGUUUUUCCAUCUAUUAUGACCAACUGCAGUCUCAGCUGGUGGUCACCAUCUUGCAGGUGGAAGGGCUUCUGGAGCAAAACCAGACGCGAAGCCUGCAGCCAUUUGUUAAGCUAAGACUCAUGUGGGCAGGUCCAGAGGGCAUGGACGUGGAGGAAUGUACGGACGAGGAGGGUAAGAGGACUGCAGCCGUCCUUUGGACACUAUUGAAGGAGUGGCGGACUCGCAUUGUGAAAGGCAGCUGUAACCCUUUAUUUGGAGACCAGUUCUGCUGGCCUAUGCAAGAAGAUACAGAGCUUCAUCACAUCAACCUCAGGAUGGAGGUGAGGGACUUUGAUAAAUUCUCCAGACACUCAGUGUUAGGGGAGGUGAGGGUUCUUCUGCAGCAGCUCAACAUCUCCUACCCUCUGGAGCUACAAGAAGAUCUGAUGGUACCCCAGAAGGAUCUUGUAGGAGAGGUGCUUCUGUGUUUAAAGUUUCUUCCCACUUCUCAGAGGCUCGAGGUUGGACUGCUAAAGGUCAGAACAGCCCUCUCUGAAAUACGCUCAGAUGCAGUCCUGUAUGCCCGGAUCAGUGUGCAGUGCAACCAGAGCAAGUUGAGGUACCAAAAAACCUCUUCAGUUGCUCGCAGCCUGGUGACUGUCUUCAAUGAGGUCGUCAUGUUCUCCCUGCCAGAGUUUCCUCUCGAGCAGUGUAAAAUUUUGGUUUCUGUGUAUGAGAUGUGCACGACUAGGUCAACCAAACAUCUGAUUGGACAGUUGACUGUGGGGAAGAAGAAGAAUUCAGAAAACGAACACUGGAGCUUAAUUAUGCGCUCAGUUCGCCAGCCAAUAGCAAAGUGGCAUGGCCUACUGAUCUGACUCCUCUCCCUCCUGAAGACCAAGAACAUGUUCCAAUCAGGACGGUGGAGUGACUGCCCAACUGAAACUUUAUUUUAUUUAUUUAUUACUUGUUCACUGACAUCUCUUGUAUCCCUCUUUUUAGCUCCAAAUCUCGAAAAGAGCUCUAAAGAUACGUCAUUUGCUUAGUUUUGCGCUCACUCAGGGCAUUACUGUGUUGUUUGUGUUACUAUUAUAUUUAUGUAAAGGAUGUGCUGUUCUUUUGUCUGUUAAAAAUUUUUUUUUUGCAUUAUUAAAUCUCUAUAUUGCACCUCUGAAAGAUUUGCUGUAAAUAAAAGCAUUAUCUAAUGGCUUAUGUGUAAGAAAAAAAAAAUAAAACGUUUAAAAUGUCUUUA